UAUCUACUUUUCUUAGAGCCUAGUCAAGAAAGAGAGGAUAUUAGGACCCUAGUGGUGGUGAUAGUACAGUGUCUCCUAUCUUGUGGCUUAAGUUACAAUUGAGAAGCAAAAGGAUUUACUAUUGGCUGGUCACUGAGCCCAGCAUGUCUUUAUAGGGGUUACUUCAUCAGCCCUCGUUCACCCCCUUACACAGGUGGUAGUAUCCACAUUUUACAGGAAAGGAAACAGAACCAUCUAGCAAGUUAGUACUUAGCUAUGAAUUUCCUAGAGCUGGGAAUUUGAACCUAGGCCUACUCUACUGAAAGCUCUGCUCCUUCCUGAGGCCAGUUUUUCCUCUGGAGCAGAAGAAAAUGAAGGCCUGAUUUUUCCAACAUAUGCAAGAAGUUUAAAAAAGAAAAGGCUCCUAGAAGUAAAUAUGCUAGGUUCUGUCAAGCCUCUCUGUCAGCAGCCAUCAGACUAAACAGCUGCCUUUCUUGCCGCGGAGCAGAUCAGUUUCAGGAAUUUGGUUUGCUUGGAUUUCAUGAAUUUUAUUCUUGCUUGGGCCUUGGGGUGUGCAUCUGGAAAGUUCCAUGGUUCCAGUCCUCUUUGUUGGAGGAAUGAAGGCCUGAUGCCUGCCUAGAGAAUUAUACUGUAAUGUCAGGGGUUUUUGGUGAUUCAGUGGUAUCCUGUAGUCUGAUUGAGUUUCUCUCCCGUGCUGGUCUCCUCGUCUGGUUUCUUGCUGUCCUUUAUGAUCACCAUGAGAUGGUGCUGCCGCUUCACACUCGCUGCAGGGAAAGGCUUGGGGAGAAACACCUACCGCAGUGGAGGCAGACGGGUGCAGGGUCUUAGGAGCAGUCAUGUAGGAGCUAUUGCUUUAGGGUGUCUCACUGCUUUCCUUAUUUGGAGGGCAUUUUUCAGGACUCCAGGAGAGAUGGAGUGGGGCUCACAUAGAACCAGGCAGGCCAUUUCCCUCUGCCCGUGUGGUCUGGAUGCUUUGGGUAUAGAAUAAACAGUGGCAGUAGGGAAGAAACACAUACAACCUCUUCCCACUCCAUCCACAGCCCCUUGGGUUAUGAUGUCUCAUCUGUCAGACACUGUACUAAGAAUUGGGAUGGGUGAGUCCCACUGAUGUAACAGGGUGACUUUUGAAUCCAACUUUUAAAACUUUAAUUCAGACUUCCUACCCUACUGCAACUUGAGUAAAAACCAUCUGGGCCUCAUUUUAUCAACUUCCUCUCUUACUCCCAAUAGCCAGUGUUAACUGUCUGAGCCCUGGGCCCAUGUGAGUCUAGCUGACAAUUCAGAACAUUGGGUUUCUUCCUGUUUUACUUAAUCGAGAACAGACUCAUCUCUGGCGCAGUUAUAACAUGGGGUUGAAAUGAAAAGUCUUAAAUAGGAGUUCACAUACUAGCUUUUGCCACUUACUGGCUGUGUAGCCCUGAGCAAAGUAAUCAACUUUCUUAAACCUCUGUCUUUACCUGUAGGUUAGUGAUUUUGACCUCAUAUGUUUACUGACAGAAUGAAAUGAGGUAGUACAUAGCUUAGCACAGAUGCGGAAGCAAGUGUUAGCUGGCGGCAUCGGCAGGACUGGCAAAUGGUGUGUCAACUAUUGUUCAGCAGAGGCGGGGCAUCUCUGUUUUAUUCGGAAGUCGUAUCCUUUUUUAUGGAGCUUCCUAACAGUACUCCAAACUGAUUUCGGAGUGUCUCCUCUGUGUCAUUGGCUAACAGAAUUAACAGAUCUCUGUGCUCUCUUUCUCUCAGAAAAGGCAAGGAGGAGGGAAAUAAAUGCUGUAGGAGGCUAGAUCUUUAAAGCCUUGUGUGUCUUAACUGUGAGGAGUAGGCUUGGGUCUCUCUUCAGGUUAUACUUUGUUUAAAAUAAUUUUAUUAUUUCUGACCUGAAAAAUUUGAACAGAUAUGUACAUUGCUUGAUGUUUUCUUUUGGACAUCCUCGCACAGCAGUUGGAAUCUCUUUCCUUUCAGAGGCUGGGGGCAGUGAUAAUGGCAGCAUCCCCAGCCCUGGUUCUUCUUGGCCCUUCCCUGCCCUUUUGGUAGCAGCAGGCUGGUUUCCUUUCCCCUCCUCCUCCUCCUCCUCCUUCCUUCACCGUUACCUUCCUCCAUGGCCUCUCUUGUUUCCCCUCCCUUUUCCCUCUACUCUUACAUCCUACCCCCUCCUCCUCACCCUCCGUAGGUUUUCCCCUCCCCUGGUUUCCAGCUCCUUUUUGCUUUCUGUUUGUGUUUCUGAGGGCAGUGCUCCAAUUACCUCAUAUUUGGAGAGAGGAAGCUGCAGCCAAUCUGGUUUCUGUCUGCUUUUAGGUCAAGUGAUUUCUGAACUGCAGUGAGAUGCUUUGAAUUUGUCUUGUUGCAGCUCUGAGCCUGUAAGAUGGCUGUCUGAAUCGGCAGCGGCUGGGAGAGGCGGGGAGGGAGGGAGAAAGAAUUGGAGGGAUUGCCGGCAUAGUGCAUGUUUUUAAAUGUGCAUCAAAUCCGAUGAAGCCAACGUUGGGAUUUCUCUGGGAUACCAGGACCAGCUUAGCUGCGUUUUUGAUGAGAUUAGGAGAGGAAGGCGAUGGGAAAUUCACUGGGCUGUGUUAAGGAGCCGAAAGAUUCACUAGCUAUUCCUGAGAAGGCUCCCCUAUCUCCUAAGAAAAGGGUUCGGUUUAAAAGGAAGUGGAGGGGGAAGAAAACCCCUACUCCAGAGGUAUCUCAUGAGGAAGAACCAUUGGAAGCAACCAGAGUCAUUGAAGAGACGGAAACCCAACCGAAGUUAACAGUGAGUCUCCAAAAGGAAGAAGGAGCGGGAGGGGUAGAGCAUCCUCCUGCAGACAUUUCGCUGCCUCAGAACUCAGCCCCCAACUCAGGGGUGGGCGAUCAGGGCAUGAUCGUGCAGGUGAAGGAGAGAUUCCAGGGGGAGAUCCAGACUGCUCACCUUUUGUUGAAGAAUGAGUCAUCAGUUGCCAGAGGGGUCUGGGAUUCCCUGGAAGAGGGGAUGACUGUUAUCGCUCACCUGCUUGAUAACCCAGCAGAAAGGAACUGUGAGAAGUCAGUGAGCCAACUGGUGGAAUUUCCUAGGACAGCAUCCUGCAGCAGCCGGGCUGUGCUGCUGCCUUUGCAAGGAGAGACUGCAUUGGGGAAAGGAGGGACUCUACUUGGACUUCGGAGCAGCACUUUCCCCAGGACAGACCACCCCGCUGUCUCAGGGACUCCAGACCAUCUUUCAGAGGGCUCGCAUGCAGGGGCAGGAACCGCAGCUCUCUGCAGUGCCCCUCACACAGUUUCCUGGAUUGCAAAACCUUCUGUCCCUUCUUCCUCCCUGGACCAGUCGAGAGGCCACAGACGCACAGAAAUCCCUGCCAUGGGUCGAGUGUCCCCCCAGGGUCCCAGACUGCCUACUUCUCAGAGUGAUUUAUCUAUCAGCGGUAGGACUGUGAGCAUUUUGCCCUCCUCCUCUGGCUAUGGCAGUGAUGGGUCACAUUUACGUGGGCUCCGACCUAGAGAAACAGAACCUGAAAAGAGCUCCACAUCUUUCUCAGAAGAGGAUGGCACCCUUUCUUUGGAGGCAAGUCACACUCCAUUGUGGGGUCUGGAGGAGGUUAGGUUGGUGGGCUAUGUUUGGAUUUCUGGCCCUCAAACUUAUUAAAGUGGAGUGUGCUAAACAGUGAGGAUCUUGGUGCUUCUUCUCAAGCUUAUCUGUGCGUGUACCAAGAGUUAGUGACUGGGUUUGGCAAACGGAGUCUAUUUCAGGUCUGCCCCUUGAUGCUUGAAACCAAGUCUUUUGUUGUCUCUGGGGAAUCCCUGAUUCAGAGUAACCACACAGCAUAAUUGCUUGAGCUAUCUGGCGGUGUAUCUUUCAAUGGCACUUAACUUUCUCAGGCAGGUCUGUUAAUCAGCUUCCCUGGUGCAAGAAGUUGUGAUGUAGUGGAAGGGAUGAGGGGAGGCCUGGCUGCAUCUCCUAAGCAAGUGUGGAAGACCUGGAGAGUGCUGAAGGGUUCAGGGUGAGGCAGUUCUCAGUGGCAGGAUUGUUCUUCCCUGGAGAGUGAUGUUCUUACGAGCUGAUGUAAUCGUGCUCCUGCAGGGACACUGCUGAUGACAAUACCCAUCCAAUAUUCGCACAGGUGGAGAGGGCUGAUCCUCCUUUGGUUCCUAACUCCAACAUUAGAGGAGAGGCACACAGAAUUACCUGAAGAGUAAUCCAGAGAGGCGGGUUAGGGUAGUUUGAAGGUUCGAGGCUGAAAAAGUUUGUGUUCUGAUUGGACUUGUUUAUGACUUUAACAAGCUUUUGUUUGUGAGGUAUAUAUUGAGGUGUAGGUGGCUGUAGUGUUGGUGGAGUGUGCUGUGAAUGCUUUUAGGGUCAAGGAGCAGGUAGGCAUUCAAGAGGUCUGGAGGCUGAGGCGGGGGGAGAGGACCCAGCCCGAGUGUGUAAUUGUAUGGGUGACUGAAGUUAUAAUUUGUUGAUUGAAGAACUUUUGUUGGCAUGUCAGCUUCUGCAGCAGAAGAAAUAAAAACUUUAGGAAAUUAGAGCAGCAAAAGGUGGGAGAUGAAGUAGGGCAUUUUCCCUGCUACCUGUGGCCAGCUGCCCCGGUGUCUGCAGAGUGGGGAUGUAGCCUGUGUACGGUGCCCUGCUUACCACCUGACAGCAUGAGACUGAGCAGACACAGUCUCUUGUGCUUGAUCAGUGCUUAAAAUGUCCUCUUUGGGGAUGAAUUUGCUCCAUGGGUAGGCUCAUGUCAGCGCCCUUUGUUAUUACAGAGUUUAGAAACUCCCAACAGGUAGAGGCAAAGGUGGCCAUUGAAAAUAAUUAUUAUAUAUGAUUGGGCAAGAGGCCUCCAUAGGUAGAGAAUGUGUGUUGUGGAGGGAGGAAGGGAGAGAGAAGUUGGAGAGGAAGAAGGUAGAGGCUGGUAGGGUAGAGUGUGCGAGUAUUUGAGCUCUCGUCUUUGGAAUGGAUGCAGAGCAGCUUUGCUGAACUUUUGAUACCAUUGGCAUUAAAGUAGAAGUUUGGAGGCACCGUAAUGUUUUAACACCAUAAUGUUAUAACAUGCUUAUAAUUGAAUGUGAGAUUGUCAGAAAGUUUGGAGUGUCAAAUUUUAAGGAACUCCUAAUGGAAAUCAGUUCUAGAUAAUGGACCAUAGGAGACCAUGGCACUUUAGUUUGGUAUCUCCACACUGAGAAGGGAGGUGUCUGAAUGGCCCUGUGUAGUCUCAGGGAGAAGACUGGUGGGAGAAACCAUUUGGACCAUGAUCUGUGGUUCAGCAGUAUUGACAGCAGCAUGAUUCUUUGGCUGUUCAAUAUGAGACAAAUUGGUGUGUUGUAUUUUCUGGUCAUCCCAUUCCUUCUACCCUUUCAGAGCAGACAUAGCCAGACCAGUCAGUAAGAGCCCAGGCUGAAAACCUCAGUGACUGUCAGCUCAGAAGGCUGAUACAUUUCUGAGGCUCCAUGUCUAUCAUGUGAAGCAGGGACCACAGACUUUGACUAUCCUAUAUCACAGAUGGGAAGUAACCUCUCAAGAUAAGUGUGAGGUCCCUUCAGAAUUAAGGUCCUUUAGGCCAAGAGGCCUGAAACCCUCACUGGUUCCAACAGGAGCUGUCUUAAGGGAGCUGCUCCCUUACUAGCAGGCUGUUCCCAGGCCUCAAGGACAGCGGCAGCCAAGGAGACAGAGGCGGUGUGCUCUGACCCCGCAGGCCUCCUGUAAAAUGUGGGUUGAGACUCCAGGCGAGAGCAUCUGACAGGAGUGACCGUCCCUCUGUGGAGUGUGAGAGCCCUGGGAAGACACAGGGUCAGAAGAGCAGCUGCUGGUCACACUCCAGCUCUUUCCUAAGAGGAGACAGCUGGCACCUCCACAGAAUUGAUUUUUUGGUUUGCUUUUUGGUGCUUGUUUUGCUUUUAAUAUGUCAAAGUAGUAACCCUUCUCGGGAAGCAAUUCAAGUUCCAGAAUGCUGUCUGUUUUGGCAUAACUCAGGCUGUGUCGUCUCUCCUGUUGAUCCGCCCACGUCAUAUUGAUGGGCAUGGGACUAGGCUGUGGCUGGAUAAACUUCCCAAUGGGUUUUGUUUCUUUUCAGGGUAGUGAGAAAUGGAAACUGAUUCUUGCUGAGUGUGGGGUUUAGAUAGGAGAAAACAAAGGUCUACUUUGCUGUUCACCUGUGAUAGUUGAUACGUCCCUUGUCAGGAAAGAGUUAAUGCAGAAAUAGGAUGACAGGGACCAGCUAACAAAAAUGGUUUUCAGAAUAAGUGGACUAGGAUUUGGAACUGGGUGGGAGUAUCAGGCACAGACCUUCUCUCCGGAGGACUCCCUCCCCCCAGCUGCCAUCAAUAUCCAUAAUACCUGGCUUACUGGAAAAAGGAAAAUUACUGAAAACCCCUUCCCCCUCCCUGGCUUGGCUCCCAUGCCAGUCUCCUGUCCACACCGUAGGUGGGUUCUGUCAAGUGAAGAAUCUGGCUGUGUACCAGUGUUCUCACCACGAAACCUUAGAGUCCUUGCAGUGAAUAGUAAGAUAACAUUGGGGGCUAGAAGUGAUGAGAAGGAAAUUGGUUGGUAUAUUAUUUUCUGAGCUCAGCCUUUUCAGUUUACAAGUAUCCCUUCCCCAUUUCUCCUCUUUAAUUAUAGGGAGUUGUUUUACUAAUAUUGGCUUUGUAUUGCAAGAAGAAAGCAAAAUUAACCAGAUGAUCCUAUUAGAUGGAUAUAGCAGUUAAAGUCAAAGCUAGAGCUUUAAGAAAGGACUCUCUUGUUUUUCAAAAAAUUACUACUGAAGAAUCUUCAUGAAUUUUUAGGUAUAACAUAGUGAUCUGGUUAUGUUAAAAAGAGUCCUUGUGAUUUAGGGAUGUCUGGCUGGCUUGGUCAGUAGAGCAUGUGACUCCUCAUCACAGGGUUGUAAGUUUAAGUCUCAUGUUAAGUAUAGAGAUUACUUAAAAAUUUAAAUUAAAAAAAAAAAGCCUUUCUUAUUGGGGUGCCUGGCUUGCUCAGUUAGUACAGGAUGCAACUCUUGAUCUCAGGGUUCUAAGUUUGAGCCCCAUAUUGGGUGUAAAGAGUACUUAAAAUAUUAAAAAAAAAAAACAGUCCUCAUGUUUCAAAGAUGCUUUCUAAAGUGUUUAUGGAAGAAAUGCCAUGUGUAUGGGUUUGCUUCAUAAUAACAGGGGAGGGUGAAGUGGGUGGAGUGCAGAUGAAACAAGAUUAGCUAUGAGUUGAAAUGUUUGAAACUGGGUGAUGGGUACCUAGGAGUUCAUUAUAGUAUUUGGUUUCUUUUUGCAUGUAUUUGAAAUUUUCCAUUUCAAAUGGAAAGAAAAAUAGUGGUAAUUAACUGUAUGAUGCAUAUUCUGGAAAAGGAUUAAUAUUCAGAAUCUGUGAACUGUAGUAUAAGUGAGGCAGUUAAGAAUGUGGAGCCAGUGAUACCUGAGUGACUCAGUUGGUUAAGUGUCUUCCUUCAGCUCAGGUUGUGAUCCUAGGGUCCUUGGAUCAAGUCCCGCAUCAGGAUCCUUGCUCAGUGGGGAGCUUGCUUCUCCCUCUUCCUGUCACUCCCCAUGCUUGUGCUCUCUCUCUGACAAAUAAAUCAAUAAAUUUUUUUUUUUUUUUUUUUUUUAAAGAGGGGCAUCCAGGUGGCUCAGUCAGUGAGUGGCUGCCUUCGGCUCAGGUCAUGAUCCCAGGGUCCUGGGAUCGAGCCCUGCAUCGGGCUCCCUGCUCAGUGGAGAGCCUGCUUCUCCCUCUUCCUCUGCCUGCUGCUCUGCCUACUUGUGCUGUCUAUCAAAUAAACAAAAUCUUAAGUUAAUUAAUUAAUUAAUUUAAAAAGAGAGAGAGAGAGAGAGAGCGUGGAGCCAGACAGGCAGAGUUUGAAUUCCUUCUCUACUAUUUAUCAGCAGUGUACCUUGGGACAAGUUACUUCUCUGUGAUAUAAUUUCCUCAAUUAUAAAUUGAGGAUAAGAGUAGUAUACACUUUGUAGAGUUGUGGGGAUUUUUAGAAGUUAGUACAAUAAAUGCUAGUAUUAUUUAGUAUUAAUAUUUAAAGAAUUCCUACCAAAUAAGAAAAAGGUAAACACCCUUUUAGAAAAAUAAGGGGGAAACCCAGGAAUAAGCAAUUCACAAAAAAGGAAGCCCAGAUGCCUCAUACACAUUCCUUUCUUGCUAGUAGUCAAUGAUAUAAGUAUCAAAACAAGUUAGCGUUUUAUAACCAUCAGAAAAUAAAAAGUCUGAAAAUCCCAAGUGCAGAUGUGGGUGUAGAGUGAUGAAAGAUCUCUUCACACCCUGUGUAUGGAAGUGAUAUUCCAAGUAGAACUGGUAUUCAGAGAGCUGUUUACCAAAAGUUAGUAGAAUUGAAGGAUGCCCAUAUUUUAUGACCUAGGGUUUCCAUUCCAAUCAUAUUCCCUAGACAGCCCUUCAAGAUUCUAAAUUUGAAUGCUGAAAGGAACACCCCUUGACUGUUACCCAACUCAGAUGUCGGUAAUAAACACAGCUGCUUUUAGGGCCCUCUAACUAGCCAGGCAUUUGUUAUGAACAAUGGCACCUCCCCUCACCUGCUCUUUGGAUGGAAGUUUUCAGUCUGAUGCUAUCUGUGUUGUGGGAUGAGGUCAGCUAGAAACUUCAGGACAUGAGAAUUGAGUCUCUCUUUGCUCACUAUAUCUAGUCUCAUUCCCUGAAACUUAUACAUAGACUUAACAAAGUUCAGACUCCAUAUCCUAGCCUCCCAACUCUCAGUGAUCUAUCUAAACUUCUCUCCUGUGUUAACUUUCCCUUUGAACCUACCUAUCCUAAUGGGUCAACCCCUCAACCGUCUAUUCCAGUUUCAACUUAUUUCAACUUCCAGUCUUUGUUUGCAUUCACUUUCUGCCUAGAAUUCUUUUCUUCUUUCUCUUUGUCUAUUCUAGAACAUCCUUCAAGGGUAAGUUUAAAUCAUACUUGUUAAAAUGUGAUUUUUUUUUUUAACCACUAUAACUCUUACUAACUUUUCAUCUGCUGAGAUCCUUUACUUGAUAUUACUAGUUACUCAGUUAUGGUUGCUUCUUUGGGGCCUUCAGCAUAACUCUUUCUUAUGACCUACCACAUAUGGUACAUGGAAGGUAAGAUUUUUUUUUUCCCUCCAGAAACUAGCCUUCAGAAAAGAGGGGUUCUCUUUGUAUUUGACUUUUUAUAAAGUUUUUCUUGUUAUUGGGCUCCCAGUGAAAUUAAUCAGUUCAUAAAAAAGGAUGAAUGGAUUAGUGUCACCAUCUGCUAGUUCAGCUGAUGGCAACCCACAUAACUGGUUAAACAAAAAAACUAAGAAAGUUUUAGUUAUAUUGUUUGUGAGAAUAUAAACAUCCUAAUUUGAAGCAUUGAAUGUAUUGUGUAUAAGUCUUAAUCACAUUAAAAACCUAAAAAAAUCAUUUACAUCUCUUAAGAAACACACAGCAAGUGUUCACCUUAUGGGAACCAUAAAUAAAUACCAAUAGAAUGAAUGAAUGGGGGAAAAAAGUCUAGCUAAAUGUUAUGCAACUGGAUUCCAGUGGCGGGGGGAUAAAAUUUCCUGUGACAACAUGGAUCCAGAAAAGUGCUAUUGUGUCUCAGAAAUCUUA